AUUUUAACCUGUGAAAAAAAGGGAUUUUGAAUUUAUUUUUAUUUUCUUUUUGUUUAUUUUGUAGGAUAAGUUUUUAUCAUAAAUAAAAUAAACUGACGAAAUAUAAAAUAGUUUUACAUGUCUAUGUACUAUGUAUUCAUUGUAUGAAUGUUAUAAUCUAGCUUACAAAGCGAUCGAGUAUACUUCAUAUAAAGAAUAAAUUUAAAUCGUUUAUAGAAAUAAUUGAGUCUCUUUAGGUAUCUGUUAGUCAUAACUAUAUUGUCCUUGAAAAUGGCUCGAACCUAUCAUUUCUCAUCGAUGUUUAGAGGUUGGAACACGUGUUUCCGAGUUAACCUUUAAAUUCUUUAGAUCUCAAAGAUAGUAGUUUUAUUAAUUAACAUUAUGUCAGUGUAUCACGACGAAGUGGAAAUCGAAGAUUUUGAAUACGACGAAGACGAAGAAAUUUACUACUACCCUUGUCCAUGCGGUGAUCAAUUCCAAAUAUCAAAGGCAGAUCUUAUAGCUGGUGAAGAAGAAGCUACAUGUCCUUCGUGUUCACUUGUUGUUAAAGUAAUUUAUAAUAAGGAAGCAUUUCUUGAGAAACAAGAAAACAUUAAUAAAACAGAACAAAAAAAGGAGCCUCUGUCGGAAAAAGUUUGAGAUAAGUUAUUAUUCUUUAAUAUUAUUUAUCAAAGAAGAUUUUAAUCAUGGCAGGAAGAGGACGCGGAAAAUUCAAACCUUCUAUGUCAUUUAAUACAGAACAA